AUGAAAUAAUUUUAUAUUAUUUUAUUGAAAAGAGUUAAACAUCAAUCAUUCAAACAUAAAUAUUUUUUGACUUAGAUAACUUGUUAAAUUAUACAUGACUUUUUAAUUUAAAUAUUUACUUAAAUUAAUUAUCUUAUUUUCAUAAUUUAUUUUGAAAGCUAAAAUUAAAUAACUGACACAGGAGUUCAGUAUUUAAGUAGCCAUUUAUCAAAAUUAAGCAAUCUCUCAACUUUAGCAGUAGAAAUACAAGAAAAUUAAAUAAGCUCUAGAGGUUUAUUUGUAUUGGAUUAUGGAUUAACUUAGAGCUAUAGUUUAACAAGUUUAACUCUUUAAUUAAGUUUAGAUGAAAAAACAGUAUAAAAUAAUUUAGAGUAAGAUUUUGGAUUUAAAAAUAACUCUAGACUUGAAAGCUUAACUUUAGACAUUAAAAACUUUUAAUUAAUUGAUCAAAGCUCAUAUAACUUAGGUUCUCGAUUGGCAUAACAUACUUAACUUAUAUCUUUAAUCAUAAAUCUCAAUUAUGCAGAUUUAUAGAAUGAUGGAGUCUCAAAUUUAGGAAAAGGAAUAGCUAAAUGCUUAAAUCUUUAAACUAUCAAGUUAUAUUUAAGAGUUAAUAAUAUUACUCAUAAAGGGAUAACAGAUUUAGCAUAAGGAUUUUCAAAGUGUCAAUAUCUUUCAAGUUUUUUACUAGAUCUCAGAUACAAUUUUAUUUAAGAUUAAGCAAUUUCUGAUUUAUGCAUAGGAUUAGAUAAAUGUCAGAAUAUGAAAAAUUUAAAAAUCUAUUUAAGCAAUAAUAAAAUUUAAGAAGAAGGAGCUUUGUAACUGUGUUCACACUUAUAAAAGUGUUUCAAACUAAAAACUUUAUCGCUCUCUUUAAACAACAAUAUUAUUGGAAAAAAUUGCAUGAAAAAAUUAUAAUACAAAACCUUAAAAGUAGUCAGAUUAGUUAAGCUUAAACUAAAACUAUGA